GGGGGGGGGGGGGUGUUUUGCCGCUGGGGUUUCUUUGGUUAACCUCUUGCUCCCCCCCCCCCCGCGCACGUGACCCCCGCCGGCAAGGCGGCGGGCUGUUGACGCGUUGCCUGGAGACGAGCGCGAGGCCGGGGACGCGUGCUAGCCCGUGCCCGGCCCGGCCCCAACGGACGCCGCUGAGGGACCCUGGCGGGUGGCGGCGGGGGUGAGUCAGUAUUUUGCUUCUUGUCCGUCGCGGGCGCUGCUGGGGAGAUGGUAGUGGAGAAAGCGGGCUCAGGCCCCUCAAAGCCCGUAGGUGACAGGUGUCCCCAGCAGCAGGAGCCCCUGGGGCACGCGAAGAAAAGCAAGCAGCAGGUCUCCGAUGGAUUCACUGUUAAAGCCAUGAUGAAAAACACUGUGGUAAGAGGGCCCCCAAUUGCAGGAGCAUUUAAAGAAAGACCAACAAAGCCCACAGCAUUUCGCAAGUUUUAUGAGCGAGGAGACUUCCCAAUUGCCCUUGAGCAUGAUACUAAAGGAAACAAAAUCGCCUGGAAGGUAGAGAUUGAAAAGCUGGACUAUCAUUACUAUCUGCCUUUGUUUUUUGAUGGGCUUUGUGAAAUGACAUUUCCAUAUGAGUUUUUUGCUCGUCAAGGAAUCCAUGACAUGCUGGAACAUGGUGGAAACAAGAUUCUUCCUGUCAUUCCUCAGCUCAUUAUCCCAAUAAAAAAUGCACUGAGCCUUCGUAACCGGCAGGUCAUCUGCAUCACGCUGAAAGUCCUCCAGCACCUGGUGGUGUCAGCUGACAUGGUGGGGGAGGCCUUGGUGCCCUAUUAUCGGCAAAUCCUCCCAGUCCUAAACAUCUUUAAGAAUAUGAACGUUAAUUCAGGCGAUGGGAUAGACUACAGCCAGCAGAAGCGUGAAAAUAUUGGAGAUCUGAUUCAAGAGACACUGGAAGCCUUUGAACGCUGCGGUGGAGAAACUGCUUAUAUAAAUAUUAAAUACAUGAUCCCUACUUAUCAGUCGUGCAUAUUAAACUGAGUUGUAUCAAAUGGAAUGAUUCCACUUGUGUUCUAAAAAAGCUGUAUCUGACUCUGUAUGGCAUCUUGUUAGUCAUGAUUUUUUUCUCUACAGCUGCUAAAAUAGUGGCUUCUGGGGCAUUAGAGUGUUAGCACUAUUGUGAACAAGGCUUUCCAAUACAUAAAUAGUGCCUGUUCCUUUGAUUACAAUGGUGUACUGUGCUUGUUUGUUCCCUGAAAGAAUCGCUCCUUUAUAACAGAGCUGACUAGAGCAGGAAUCGGAGUUAAAUCUUCACUUGUAUAGACAAUAAAACUAUAAUUUUCAUACGCAAUUCAGCAAUUGCUGUUCUGUGUCCGCUUGCCCUGAGGGUGAUGUCAGAGGCUGUAACAAGAAGAGUUUAUGCUGACUGCUUAAUAGGUGUUUGUCAUGGAAGAGAAACACCAGUUCAGCAGUGCCUCUCUAGCAGCUGUGCCGAAUAAUGUGCACUGACAUACAAUAAAACUGUUGAAUGUAUAUACCAAUUACAGUGGGAAAAUUUAUAUGGUCCAUUACAAAGCACUGUCAUUAAAUUAAUUCAUGUUUCUUACA